UCAGCUAGUUAGCUACCCUAGCUGCUGCUGAGCUCUGACACGGUCUGAUGCAGAAAUGCUUUUCCAACGGGGCGCUGCGUCUAGUCAGCUAGGCUAGCUUCUCGGAUUGGGAAAGAAAAUAUUUGGCCGCUGGCUUGAGAGGACUGUGGGCAUCCACCGUGAGCAUCUUUGUCGAGACGCCUCCAUCAAUACAAAAUAUUUAAAAGGAGAUAAGAAGAGGUGGCCAUCAGCAGUCAGGUCAGCAGAAGUAUCAGAACGGCUUGUUCUCAGCUUUGAUGCAGAACAGUUUUGUGAGGCAUCGGUCUCCCUAGGUCAAGAUGACUGAAGAGGUGAUUGUCAUCGCCAAGUUCGACUACAUGGCCCAGCAGGACCAGGAGCUGGACAUCAAGAAGAACGAGCGCCUCUGGCUGCUGGACGACUCCAAGUCCUGGUGGAGGGUUCGGAACGCCACCAACAAAACUGGCUUUGUCCCGUCCAACUAUGUGGAGAGGAAAAACAGCGCUAGAAAAGCUUCGAUUGUCAAGAAUCUCAAAGACACACUCGGAAUUGGGAAGGUAAAAAGCAGGAAGGGAGGGAUGAGAGACACCGCUUCCAACGCCGACACGGAUCUGAGCACAGAUAACGGCGAAAGGCUGUACGACCUCAACGUGCCCGCUUUCGUCAAGUUCAGUUACUCUGCGGAGCGCGAGGACGAGCUCUCUUUGGUGAAGGGCACGCGGGUGGUGGUGAUGGAGAAGUGCAGCGACGGCUGGUGGCGCGGCAGCUACAACGGACGGUCUGGCUGGUUCCCGUCCAACUACGUGACGGAGGACAUGGAUGGGACGGCGGGGGGAGGAGGCAUGGGCGGCCUGGGAGAUCCGGCUGCCGGAUCACUGACUGAGAAGCUGGUGGACGUGGUAAGAAGCAGCACGAACGGAAACAGAGUGUUGCACACGGUUCAGGCGCUCUACCCCUUCAGCACUGGCAACGACGAGGAACUGAACUUUGAGCGGGGCGAGGUGAUGGAGGUCAUAGAGAAACCAGAGAACGACCCAGAGUGGUGGAAGUGCCGCAAAGCAGACGGACAGUUAGGCCUGGUGCCUAAGAACUAUGUUACUGUUCUUGACUCCAGCUCCCAUAAAUCCACAGCAGGGCCAGCCGGGCCUCCAACGCCUGACUGUGACUACAUCUCGCCCUCAGGCAGUGGACGCUUUGCCGGGAAGGAGUGGUACUACGGAAAAGUGACGCGCCACCAGGCAGAGGUGGCGCUAAAUCAAAGAGGCACGGAGGGAGACUUCCUCAUCCGAGAUAGCGAGUCAUCGCCAAAUGACUUCUCCAUCUCCCUAAAAGCGCAGAGCAAGAACAAGCAUUUCAAAGUGCAGCUGAAGGAGAGCCUUUACUGCAUCGGACAGCGCAAAUUCAACUCUAUGGAAGAGCUUGUCGAACACUACAAAAAGGCUCCCAUCUUCACCAGUGAGCAGGGAGACAAACUGUACCUGAUCAAAGCCCUGGCCGCAUCCUGAUCCGAUCCUCACACACACACACACACACACACACACGCACACGCACACACACACCCGCCCACGCGCGCACACAGACAUGCACAGAGAUUAAUGGCUUCCAUAUAUAAAACAGAUUCUUACACCAGAACACACACUAACAUUUCUGCUCCAAGCCUGAAGACUUAACACAUCAUCAGGACUUAAAUGGCCACUUUGUGAGCAUUCCAAGAAGAGAUAUGGAAAAAGCAUGGGAGAGACGUUGAGAGAGGGCUGAAGAAAAGACUUACGGACCCGGAGAGUUGACUACAGGCCUCUUGGUCGCAUUUUAAAUUAUCCACGUUAGGUCAUAGGCAACGGCAUGUAUUUCACCCUUGGUAUCUAUUGGGGUUUCAUUUAGAUUUCUUUAUGUUGAUAAUAUAUAAUCUUUUUUUUAACAAUUUCCUUUAAAGAUGUGAUUUUUAUUAUUUUUUUUAAACUACACAUGACUGAGAUAUUUUUAGAUGACGACUUACUCAGAGCCAUGCCUGCAGGUCUUACACGUCAACUCACUUUAAUGUUUGUCUUAAAGCUUUUUUUUUUUGUUUCUUUCUUUGUGGUUGUGGACACAUUAAUCCACAACCUCAGCUAAUCAUUGAUAAAAAUCAAGUGACCAAACUAUAUUUAUUUAGAUUUGUUAGGAUCCGUGUUGUUGAGAUUGAAAUGUUACAAUGCAUUUGCUUUUUUUUUGUUUUGUUUUCCUCCAUUUCUUGUGCAAAGUAGGCUUUGUUUUGUUGUUGUUGUUUUGUACAAUAGAACUGCUUGUGCCACAUUUUGCUGUAUCCACAUCAUGUGAAUGUUACAAAGAGGCGGCAAAUUACACGGCGAAUCUCAUGAUGCAAAUAAGUAGAAUAGUGUCAAACCAAACUCCCUUUUAUUUUCCGUUAAGAAUCCAUUCACAGCUGGUAGAAAUCAACUUUUUCUGACUACUACCAACUUUUGGGGUUCUGAGAACUGAUCUGUCGUUUCUGAUUUUGAAUGAUUUCCCAGCUCUCCCCCAAAAGGAUUAUAAAACAUGAGAACAAAUGUGUUGCAGGUUUGGAAUCCAACAGCUUAUGAAGGAAUUACAAGAUUAUCCACAUUAAUGGACCAAAGUCCUUGCCCCCGCUGUUGUCUGAUUCCCCCUUUUCUAAAUUGGAAAAUGGCAUCAAAAUACAUUUUACUGCAAUCUGUAGAAUUAAAAUGGUGGGAAUAUUAGUUUUGUUUCUAUCUUUUUAUCCUGUAUCUGCUGACUAAGCAAAAAAUUGGCAGAUUUUGAUCUCCAGCUGGUUGAUUGGUUCAUCUCUGCAAACUUCAGUUGUCUGUUUUUUUUUUGUUUUUUUUUUUGCUUUUUUUUAAUGACACAUGCUGCUUUUUGAUGGGUUUAUGUAGAAAGUUUAUAGCUUAAGUGUGCUUAAUGACAGGAGGAGGAGAAAUCAUAUUUUUCACAAAUUAAAGCUGACCAAAUUGGUCUAUUCUGAUCUCUGGUCAAUUGGUCAGUGCACUUCUAGGUUUUGGGAGUAUCUUUGUGUCUAAAGCUCACCGUUGGAGUCAUAGAGUCCUUUUCUUUUUUUUUUUUUUUUUUUUGUCAUCAGGAAAAGAAAAUGUAUAAAUCUAGUUCUCUGGAACAGAGAGGGGAAGAGGAGGACUGGCUCAGGCAGCCAACAGGGUGAUCUCACUGCUCCUAAAUUAGUGAUUACUAAAGGGAAUAGAGGGUCACCGGGAGAUCAAGUGUGCAUACUUGCAAAGCAUGGAUGUUAUGCGAAAAAAAAAACUACCUAUUCCUUGCGGAGGCAGAAAAGAUCCAAGUUUCUAAGUACAGCGAAGGUUUGGAGUGAGCUUUUUUUUUUUUUUUUUCACUGAAAGGGGACUAGGUAGAGUCUGAAUGUGGAAGGGCAGCAAUCAAAGCUGCAGCAGAAGGAGUGCUGGCAGGGAGCAGCUCCAGCAGGGGGAUGGUGAUGAUGAUCAUCAUCAUCACAAAGCCUGCUAUGAUGAGUUCUCCAGCUGCAGCUGGUUGGACCAGGGCACAAAAAGAAAAGAGGAUGAGGGAAGGAAAAAUAGACUAAGGAAUUGGAGAGCAUGUUCCACUGUAACAGCCACGCCCAGUCAAUCAUCUACUAAGCAGCUGAUGGAGGAUUGGGUGUAAGGUUUUUGAUGAAAGCAUCUGAGGUGAUUGGCAGAAGUAGAGAUGGACCAAUCUGAAUGAUCAGUCUUGUACCUAUCAAUAUCCAUUUUCCCCAAUUGUUUUCUUUUAGAACCUUGUUACAGGAAGAUUUAAACAACAUUUACGUCAUUAUUUGAUGAGUAGUGGUGAUGUCACACUGUGUGUGAGAGUCUUAGUUUCUAGAACAAACACAAAAGGAUUAAAGUACACUUUGAAGUCCAGCAUUUUCUGUUGGCUUUUAGCAGGGCUAGCAUUGAUAAAAUACCAGUUUCCAUGUGUAUUUUCUGGAGAAUGUAACUCUGUACCUUAACUCAUGUAAACGUUAAACAUUUCAUCAUCCAGCAUUUUCAAAACUGAUUUUAAAAGCUUAGAAUAACAAAGCAGCAAAUUUGCUACACUGUUUAACCUUCCUGUUAUCUGCUGAAAGUCUUGCUUUCUCUCGCAGCCCAAAUAAACCACUGACAGGUCAUCAAAUACAAUUGUUUACUUUAAAACAAAUUCUCAGAUCUCUGUUACUGAAAUUGGCUUACUUUGUCUUCUUCGCUCAGUAGUUGCUUCCAGUGUGAACUGGAGGUACUUGGGUGCAGUGCGUUCACAGGUUUAUUUGUUUGAGUCCCAGCCACUGGUUAGAUUUCAUCAACUUGAAAAAAGCCUGAUUUUGUUUACCACCCUAUUUUGUUUCAGAUAAAAAAUUUUUAAAGCUGAAAAUGUUUUAUGAAUAGUUAAACCAUUCAUUCAGAUUUAUGUGUUUAAAGUGCUAAUUUUACAGUUUCUUGAACAGAUGUCUUAAUAUGUAGCACACAUAAAACAAAACAGCUUUUGGAGAUAACCGUCGAGUUAUAAUUAAACUUAGCAAUUAAUUAGCAUUCCCUUUUGCAGAUAUGUGGAUUUGAUCAAAUCCACAUAUCAUCAAUUCCAGGGUUUUGAAAAUACCCAAUCUGCAGCUAUCUUCUGGAUUCAUUUGUUGGAUUCAUUUAUUCACCUGCUUGUUGCCAGUACUUCCUCCCUGGCCCCCAGUUUCUGCAGCAUCUGUGAUGCCACAAAGCAUUAAAGUGAAUCCGCCAACACAUUCUGCCCCACUUUAAAGGAUUUGGGAGAAUUUAACGUGCCUUCACAGCUUUACGGCAACCAAAGCUUUAGCUCCCCGAUUAUUUUCUCCCCCCCUUUUUUCUGUAGAACCCGUACUUCCUUCUUCUCUUAUCACUGCUAUCUGCUUAAAGCUUUGCAUGUGCAUCAGCAGAGCGAUUAGCAGAUGUGUCGGGACGGCCGGACAUAUCCUCAAAGGAAAGAGCAUUUCCUCCUUUAGCGCUCACCAAAUGUCAUGGACUUACCCCUCUCUCCUUUCUUGGUCAUGCAUAAUACGCCCUUUUUAGUUGGUGUGUUCCAUUUCAAGUGACCUUACCAUAGCUGACUUCAUCAAGUAUUAGAUGAACAGUGAAUGCCUACAUGUAAACGAUAAACACGUGCGGACGUUGAGUGAUAAACAUAACUCCAGGUGUGAUGUAAUCAUGACCUAAAUCUGUAUGAGCACCUCAAGUAACUUGUGUUUCGAAACGUCAACAGUUUAAGAUAUCAUUUUUACAUCUUAAUCUACAACUAGUGUAAGAGUUCACAUUUGUUUUUUUUUGUUUUUUUGUUUGUUUGUUUGCAGAUUAGCCACAUAAAUAUGAACGAACUCAAUAUUUAAAUAUUUAGCUUGAUAUUAAAACAGA